AUCCACUUCCCCCUGGCCACCUAUGCGCCAGUCAUCUCUGCAGAGAAAGCCUACCACGAGCAGCUGUCGGUGGCAGAGAUCACCAAUGCCUGCUUCAAGCCUGCCAACCAGAUGGUGAAGUGUGAUCCCUGUCACGGCAAGUACAUGGCCUGCUGCCUGCUGUACCGUGGAGACGUGGUGCCCAAGGAUGUCAACGCCGCCAUCGCUGCCAUCAAGACCAAGCGCAGUAUUCAGUUCGUGGACUGGUGCCCCACGGGCUUCAAGGUUGGCAUCAACUACCAGCCCCCCACUGUGGUGCCCGGGGGUGACCUGGCCAAGGUGCAGCGUGCCGUGUGCAUGCUGAGCAACACGACCGCCAUCGCUGAGGCCUGGGCCCGCCUGGACCACAAGUUUGACCUGAUGUAUGCCAAGAGGGCAUUCGUGCACUGGUACGUGGGCGAGGGCAUGGAGGAGGGUGAGUUCUCCGAGGCCCGGGAGGAUAUGGCUGCCCUGGAGAAGGAUUACGAGGAAGUAGGCAUCGACUCCUAUGAGGACGAGGAUGAGGGAGAAGAAUAGAACAGCUGCCUGGAGUCCACUCACUAUGUUUAUUGCAAAAUCCUUUCGAAAUAAACAGUCUCCUUGCACGGUU